GGGUAAGCCGAGUCUGAAUACGCAGAACUUUCCCUCUAUAAAUACGAUAUAUCUAACUUCAACCGGCCACUAAACUAGAACUAUAAACUAACGGUGGUGCUUAAAAAGAGGAUACUGCAGGUACAAUUCCAUUAGAAGUGAGAUGUAUAUUUUUGUAAAUAAAUAAAUAAAUAAGACCCAGCUCGGAGCGUUUCUCAUGGCCUUCUGAAGAACAAAGUGGCCAGAUGAGAGGUUGUGAGCGGUAUCAGAUGUGCCGCAGGGGCCGUAGAGUAGCGCACACAUCUCCGGAACGUUCUGCUCCGCUAACACAGUCUGGCUGAGGUCUGUGGGAGAGCUGACACACACACACACACACACACACACACACACACACACACACAAGGUGCAUUUAUAAAGAUAGUGCUGCUGUAGCGUACACAUCUGCUUUCUCAAGAGCUGCCAGGUUCAUUUGGAAGAGCGAGGCUUAUCUACAAUGCAUUAUUUAUUAUUGUUGCGGAAGGAAGAUUCUCAGACUUGGUGAUAAAAGAAAGGUCAGGAGACAGGUGUGGGUUCAGAGCGCAUGGAGAGUCCAGUGUACUGUGAGAAACACAUUCCUACCGUCCGGAUGUCUCUGUAUCAGUAAGUUCUGGAGUUCUUUUUAUUACUAGGAGGCUUUUAUUUGUUUGUCACUGUGACUUUUUCACUUUCCCUCUAUAUGUAUAUGUAUAAACUUCUGUCUUUCCCAGAGAAAAAGGCGUGGCCUCUGCACCAGUCAGUAUCACUAAAGGAGGCGUGGCCUCCUUCUUCUCAAAGGUAACACUUUCCUUUCAGUGAAAAUAACCCACACCGGUGGUUCUCGCCAGCGUCGUCUCGGACCCAGUGUGUUCUGUCGGGCAAACGUUCAGGAACAGAAAUCACCGUUGGUCCAAGACGUUGUUAUAUUAUUGGAACUUGUUAAUAUUCACGAAAUAAAUCCGUACAGAGAGGGUAUGUGGAAUUUAUUUUACUGUUAAAGGAGUUCCUGUCUAUGAAAUGUUUGAGAACCCCUGGUUCACACAAUACUAAAUGACGUUGUACUGCAGUGUACUGAAUUGAGAGUUAUUAUACUGCUUUAAAUGUAGAGACGCGUGUCGAGAUGUGAAUCGUUUCUGAAGCGGAGAUGGAGAGAUAGAGACAGACCUCCGUUCCGGGAAGGAUCUAAGAGUCAGGUUCAGGGCAGAAGGUUAAAGCCUGGGGUGAUGCGCACGCACGCAGACACACAGAAUCGCUUGAAAAUCCAGCAUCCAGCUGAGUUCUUGUAAUCGCCUCUGCCAGCAAGCAGUUCCUGACUACACCGCUGGCCAUCAGUGUGGAGUAGCGGAGGAGACAGUGGUGCAGCGGGCAUGUGUGGCGGGCAGAGUUUCGGCUGGAGACGCACACACACACUCGUGCCCCGGUUCUCGGAGCAGGUUGCUGAAGGCUCUCUGAUGGCCCGGCUACUGCUGCUGCUUCUUCUUCCUCUUCUGCCGGGAUUCAGCUCUAACUUCACUCAUGCGAACGUGCUGGACGCGAUGCUGUUGAGGAAUUCUGGGAAGGUGACGCUGGAUAGCCGAAAGGAGGACAGUAGGAGCUCAGUGCCCGUGCUGCCUGAGAGGACACUGUGGUGCCACUGUUACCACCACUGUCCAGAGGACUCCGUCAACAACACCUGCAGAACUGAUGGCUACUGCUUCACCAUGGUGGAGGAGGAAGAGGGCGGGCCCCCGACGCUCACCUCAGGCUGUUUGGGAUUGGUGGGCUCUGAAUUUCAGUGCAGGGAUACGGGGAACUCUCGUUUGAGGAGGGCGCUGGAGUGCUGUACUGACCAGGACUACUGCAACCGAGACCUUCACCCGACCCUGCCUCCAAUCAACACGCCUAAUUACGUGGACAACAGCAUCCACCAGAUGGCUCUGUUCAUCUCUGUGGCAGUGUGCAGCAUCAUCCUCAUCUUUAUCAUUGUGUUCUGUUACUUCAGGUACAAACGUCAGGAGCUGAGGCCCCGCUAUACUAUCGGUCUGGAGCAGGAUGAGACCUACAUCCCUCCAGGAGAGUCUCUGAAGGACCUGAUCGAGCAGUCGCAGAGUUCAGGCAGUGGCUCGGGACUCCCCCUGCUGGUGCAGCGCACCAUAGCUAAGCAGAUCCAGAUGGUGAAACAGAUCGGAAAGGGACGCUACGGGGAGGUGUGGAUGGGCCGCUGGAGAGGUGAGAGGGUGGCUGUCAAGGUGUUCUUCACCACUGAGGAGGCCAGCUGGUUCCGAGAGACCGAGAUUUACCAGACCGUCCUCAUGAGGCAUGAGAAUAUACUAGGCUUCAUCGCGGCAGAUAUAAAGGGAACAGGUUCAUGGACGCAGCUGUACCUGAUCACGGACUACCACGAGAGCGGCUCUCUCUACGACUACCUCAAAUCCACCACGCUGGAUACGCGGGCACUGCUGCGCCUGGCGUACUCGGCCGUCUCAGGGCUCUGCCACCUGCACACCGAGAUCUUCGGCACACAGGGCAAACCGGCCAUCGCCCACCGUGACCUCAAGAGUAAGAACAUUCUGGUGAAGAAGAACGGCACGUGCUGCAUCGCCGACCUCGGCCUAGCCGUCAAGUUCAUCAGUGACACCAACGAGGUGGACAUUCCUCCUAACACACGCGUGGGCACCAAGCGCUACAUGCCCCCGGAGGUACUGGACGAAACCCUGAACCGCAACCACUUUCAGUCCUACAUCAUGGCUGACAUGUACAGCUUCGGCCUGAUCCUGUGGGAGAUCGCCAGGAGAUGUGUGUCAGGAGGAAUCGUGGAGGAGUAUCAGUUGCCUUACCAUGACCAGGUACCCACAGACCCGUCCUAUGAGGAUAUGAGAGAAGUGGUGUGUAUAAAGAGACAGCGGCCCUCUUUUGCCAACCGCUGGACCAGCGACGAGUGCCUGAGGCAGAUGGGCAAGCUGAUGAGCGAAUGCUGGGCACACAACCCAGGCUCCCGCCUCACCGCCCUAAGGGUAAAGAAAACUCUGGCCAAAAUGUCCGAGUCGCAGGACAUUAAACUGUGAGGGACGCUCAGACCGCUCCAACAGACUUCGGAGAGUCCGCCCCGAGCCGAGCGACAGGCUCAGAGCGGCCCCAUUCUGCUUUCUGUGAAAGCUCCCAGCCAGCAGAGCACAGGACAGGUUGCGCCCCCUGCUGGUGCACACCAGAGAGAGCCUCGGGCCAUCACGUCGUCCCCCACAGCCUUUUAUUUAAUGUCACUCCUUUCUACUAUGGUUCUGUUGGCUUUUUUAUUUUUAUUUUAUUUUAUUUAAUGCUGUUUAUUUCAUUUUCAAUGAAAGGUAAGAUAUGCUCGAUGAAAAAGGUUGAAAA